AUGGCAGGCCCUUCGUUGGAAGCUGGAUACCUGCGAGAUUUCAAGAAAUACGAUUCUCCUACGUUUAACGAAUCCUUAAAAGACCCCACAAAUGCAGAAUUGUGGUUGUUCAUUGUUGAGGGGAUCUUCCAGUACAUGAGGUGUCCAGAGGAGCAGAAGCUGCAGUGUGUCGCUUUCGUCCUCAUCGACAAUGCCAAGCGUUGGUGGCGCUCGACUGAGAGAAUGAUAGAAGACGGUGGAGGCCAAGCCACGUGGGAUCAGUUUAAUGAGCGGUUUUAUGAGAAGUACUUCUUUGCUCAUGUGAGGUACAACAAGCAGGCUGAGUUCAUGAAGUUGAAGCAGGGAACCAUGACAGUGAAAGAGUAUGAAGAGGAGUUUGAUAAAUUGUCUUGUUUUGCCCCUGACUUGGUGUCUACCGAAGCAAAGAGGGUUGAGAGGUUUGUACAAGGACUCCGAGAUGGGGUGUGA